AUGACCCCGAGGGACGAAACAUCUAAGUGCGCGGAGAAUCACUAUGUGUGGCUUGGAUUGGACAAUGGAGACGGAAAUGUCGGAAGUGGAAGAUGGACUGAUGGAACACCCGUCGAUUACUCGUUCGGAUAUUUGGGUGGCACUGGAUAUUUGGGGAUACCAAAAGUUUCAACCUAUUCGGGUGAUGCUUGUUCAAGUAAAAUCUACGAUUGGUACAGUACAUGGGUCAAUCACAAAUUCGGACGUUUCAUCUGCAAGCAGCGACCACGGAAU